AUGGAUGUUGGGGAAUGUAAACCAUUAGUGAUAAAUGACCAGACAAAGGAUCGUGGGACGCGACUUUUGCGGACACCAAAAGCUGGACAUCAUCGAUUUAAUCGAUUCAGGAAUCGUCUAGUGCAAAAAUGUGGCUUCUGCAACAUUUCUUUGGUUAAUGUGCCGAAACAGAGGCGAAAAUAUUUUAGAGAUAUUUUUACAACAGUCAUUGAAUUGAAAUGGCGAUGGUCAAUGUUUUUUUUUACCCUUUCAUUUCUGUUGUCCUGGACAUUUUUCUACUGUAUCUACUACGUUAUCAUUGCUACGCAUGGUGAUUUCGAGCAAGCGAACAACGCCAGUUGGAAGCCGUGUGUUGCAAAUGGAUAUACAAAAGGCAACGUAUUUCUGUUUUCAUUUACUACACAGACAACUGUUGGUUACGGUUACAGAUACCCGACAACUGAAUGUCCUAUGUUGGUGGUGAUCAUGUGUAUUCAAUUCAUGGUCGGAGUAAUUUGUCAGACGUUGAUGGCUGGUGUUAUAUUUGCAAAACUUGCUCGUCCAAUUAAACGUGCUGCAACAAUCCUAUUUAGUAAAAAUGCUGUAAUUUGUAUGAGAGACGGCAAACUGUGUUUACUGUUUCGGGUCGGUGAUAUGCGGAAGAGUUCAUUGGCUGAGGCACAUGUGCGCUUACAGAUGAUCAAAAAAUGUUUGACAUAUGAAGGCGAACUGAUACCGUUCCAUCAGUUCGAUAUGGAUGUUGGGUAUGACGAUGGACUUGAUCGAGUUUUUGUUAUAUGGCCAAUUACAAUAUGUCAUGAGAUCGAUGAAGAUAGUCCACUGUACGAAAUUAGUAAGGAAACGUUAGAAACUGCAAAAUUUGAGAUUAUUGCAAUUCUUGAAGGUGUCGUCGAAACUGUCGGAUCUACCACCCAAGCUCGUACCAGCUAUUUACCCAGCGAAAUUUUAUGGGGUAAACGUUUUGAAAAACUUGUAACCUAUCAACGCGAUAAUGGCGAAUACCGUAUCGAUUUUGGCAAAUUCCAUAAUGUUUAUGACGUCGACACACCAACCUGUUCAGCGAAAGAACUUGAUGAAAUGCGACUCUUAACCAACAACGAAUCUGUUACUGGUUUUGAAAACUUCCCUACACUUUUAAAAAUCAUGAGUAAAUUAAAUACUGAUGACAGUAAACGUGGUAAAUACAUUAUUCUGUCAACCUCAGCACUGAGCAUGAUUUCUGAUCAUCUAUUAAAGGCUGCCGGCUUGAAUCCUGAGCGAGGUUAUCAAUUUAUCCCAAUAGCUGAUCGACAAAACGACAGUAUAACAACAUCGGUCAAAGUGAAACGUGACAGACAAACUCAAAGAUUGGCAGUAGUUUCGCCAGAGAAGAGUAAUAUUCCAAACAGAAUAAAAAUUGAAUCGGACGACGAAGACGAAGGGCAAGGCACAAUUACGGUAAACGUCGGCCUCAAGCACAAAAAAUCUCUUGUCCACCAGCCGAGUCCAAUUCUUGGACGUAAAGUUUCAGUAAGACGAGAACCUGAUCUUUUCUAA